AUGCUCGCGCCGGUCCUAACCGCGCGCCCAUCUCCCGGGCCUCUUCUGCGCGGCGCGCGCACAGCCAUGACCUCCCUAAACCAGCUCGACCGCGCCUUCACCUACAAGAAGCCCUCUCCCCCACCCGCACCCACAGCAGCAGAGAAAGCCUCCCUCGAGCUCGAGUCCAAGCGCGAAGAGGCCCUCCAUAGGCGGACGCGGCUACCCACGGGCGGCAUCGACCACCGCGUCGCUGGCGCCACGCGCCCGCAUUUGGGCGUGAAAGUGAAGCCUGAUCAUGGGCUUUGGCAUUUCUUUAGGAAGGGGCUGAAUGAUACGGGCGAUGAGGUUCGGAGCGCGGUGGAUGUUGCUAGCACGUUUCAUGAGAAGAGCUUCGGACGGGCAUGGCGCGCGGAAGAGCUGAGGAGGAAGAGUUUCAAGGACCUGCAUACGCUCUGGUAUGUGAUUGCGAGGGAGAGGAACUUGCUCGCGACGCAGGCGGCUGAGUUGCAUCGCGCUGGCGGGACGACUAUGCCGCCUAUGGUUCGCGCUCGUAUCGACGAGUGCCGCAAGAGCCACGCUCGCAUCAAGCAGAUCCUGAACGAGCGCCGUCUAGCCUACGAAGGCGCCGCGGAAAUCCUCCGCGCCGAACAACCUUCCAUCCCCGCCCCGUCAUCAGCCGAACUCACAACGCCAACAUCAACGCUCGAGAAGAUCACAUUAUCUUCCUUGGCACUUCGCCCCGACGAAGCUCGUGCAGUAGCGAAGCGCGUCGAGCAAGCUGAGAAGCGUGUCGAGGCGAAGAAGGCUAGGUGGAGCGCGGCUAAGAAGCGUGCGCAGAGGGAGAAGAAGGAAGGGAAGGUCGAGGUGCAGGUUAUGGAUGCUGGAACUGUUGCGGAUCGGGCGGGCGUCGAGAGUUUACUCGGCUCUUCAUAG